AUGGCGGAGCCACCAUCAUCGCCGCCUAGCGAGGCGACAAGCGCCGAGGAUGCCUUGGCCUGGUACAAGGCCCAGUACGAGGUGCUCGAGGGUGAGCUGGCCGAAUUCAGAGAGUCUAGCAAGGAGCUGGAGCAAGAGUUGGAGAAGGACAUUGACGCGGCCGAGAAGAGGGAACGCAGCCUGCAGGAAAAGGCCGAGAGCCUCAAGUUCGAGGUAGAGGAGUGGAAGACAAAAUACAAGCAAGCCAAGACGGAGGCAAACACGGCUCAAAACACACUCGAGAAGGAAAUCACCACAUUACGCGACACCAACAGGAGUCUGCAGCUGAAGCUCCGCGACAUCGAGGUUGCCAACGAUGACUUUGAACGCCAAGCGCGAAACACCUCAUCGUCCCUUGAGGACCUUGAAUCCAAGUAUAACGUUGCCAUCGAGCGCGCUGUCAUGAUGGAGGAGGAGAUCAAGAUUGGCGACCAAGAGCGAGAGACGCUGCGCAUCGAAGCGCAACGUUUGCGAGAAGAGCUUGCCGACCUCAAGAUCGAGGCCGAGCUGCUCCAGGACAAGAUCAAGAAGCAGGAGGCACGCCACUUGUCUGCCAUCUCUACCGACCUGUCCAUUAUGUCCUCGUCACCUACUUUCGAUAAGACUAUGGACGGCUCGCCCGGCUCAACCGCAAGCUCACCUAUGGUUUCCACCCCGCCAGAUUCCGAAGCUCUUCCCCCCGCCAAGGCUACCUCGCUCAACGAACCUCCCUCUCCACCCAUGUCCGACGUUUCCGCCUCAGUACCGAGAAGGACCGUUUCAAGGACACCUGCAUCCACGACGCGCAGAUCCCGCCUUCCUUCCGCCGACCAUAGCAUCACGCCGAAGCCCCGAUCAUUCACAGCAUCUAUUACUAGCCGAACGACCGGAGGUCGCCUUUCUGGCGCAAACACAACUCGUACCCCUGGCCCUCGAACGGCGCCCCGCUCAACCUCUCACCGCAUGCCGACUUCGAAUUCUCUCAGCCACAUCCGUUCUCUCACUGCCCAGAUGCAACGUCUGGAAGCUCGUGUUCACAACGCACGAUCAAAACUUCCAGCCCCUGUCACCACGCCACCUCGUGCGUCGCCCAGAUCCUCUGUAAAUGGAGUCCACAGUGUGCCUGCAACGGUUACGAUCCGCUCACGCAAGCGCCCGACUGGCUCCACCGCCUCUUCAGUGCGGGGCGACGACACCACACCUUCCAACCCAAACUUCUCUGCCAGCACAACGUCCAAGCAUGUGCCCCGCCUUAGUACGUCAGGCGUCAGCAGGUUGUCGUUCGGGCCUCUACCAAACCGAAACCCCAACGCGGGUCUUGACACUGAGUCAUCCAUCUCCCGGCCGAGUUCUCGUGCUAGCAUGUCGUCGUAUGCCCGGCCGGCCAGUCGAGCUGACAUGGGCCCUCCCCGCCCUGUCAGUCGCACAAGCAUGUCUGGUGCCAGGACACCUCUAGGCCGUCCUCGCACCUCUUUGGGGGGCCCAAUCCGCGGACACGGGCGGUCAAUUAGUAUCAGUCACCGUAUCGAGAUGGACACAGCCGACGAAGACUUGGAGUUCCGUACGCCGAGCAGGAGAGGAACAUAUUCCCGUCUCGAAACAGACAGCGCCGUCAGCGGAAUCCCCAUGCCAAGCAGUGCCAUCCCGAUGCCAAGCGGCCGACGACAGAGCGGAGGCAGCAUCUCUGGCAGACGUAGCUCGAUGGGCCUGAGGAGUUCAAGAAUAGGACACCAGGACCUGGUCGAAGAAGAGACGUACUAA